AAUUCCCAGACUCGCCCUCUAAAACAACCAUCCCUACAACCUCAACCUAAGCAAAUACACCCGCACCCCUCACAAUGCCCAUCUCCCAAUUUACAUCGCCACUCACAAUCCUUCUCGACCACAUCGUCCUCCUCGUCUCCCACACCACCCUCCAAUCGCUCCCCGACCACCUCGCCAACCACUUCACCCUCGCCCCCGGCGGCACCCACGCCGACGGCCUCACCACCAACAAGCUCAUCCUCUUUCGGGGUGGCGUCUACCUGGAGCUCAUCGCCUUCUUCGAUCACAUUUCGCCCGAACAACGCCGCGCGCACCGCUGGGGCAACCUUCCCGAGAACACGGUGAUCGACUGGGCACUCACUCUCCACUCGGCGGGGGAGUUUGGUGCGGUGCAGGCGCGCGUUCGCGCCAGGAGUUCAGAUACGCGCAUCUCGUACGCGGAUCCGGUGCCCAGCGGGAGGGUGCGGGAGGGUGAUGGGGUGAGGUUGGAGUGGGAGAUUAGUUUGGCUGUGAGGGGUGCUGUUGAUGAAGACAAAGUAGGGGGUGCAAACAUGGCACAAGUAGGGGUUGAGCCUGGGUGGUUACCGUUUUGGUGUUUGGAUCGGACGCCUAGAGAUUGGCGGGUGCCGUAUAAGGAUGAAGCUGGGGAAGUGGCCGGGGAAGGGUGGACGAGGCAUCCCUCCGGGGUGACGGGGGUGAAGCGGGUGGAGGUUGUGGUGCCGGAGGGGGAGGUGGAGGGGUUGAGCGGAGUGUAUAAGGCGGUUUUGGGGGAGCAAUUGACAAGCUCCUCAGGCUGGGGGGUGGGGGUUCCGUCUGCCGGUAUGGUGGGAGGAGAGGUUGGCUUGGUGGGGGUGGCGAGCUCAGAACAGACGGGGGUCCGGUUGGUGCUGAAGGGGGAGAGGGCGGGGAGGGUGGAAUUGGUGCCCGGGCUUGUGGUUGAGAUCUUUGAGGACUGA